AUGAUAAAUUCCCAAUCAAUCAUUUUGAAAACUGUCAUUCUCUUUUCAAUGGCAAUACUUGCAGGAGCACUCCCUCAAUAAUGCAAUAAGCCUGAUGCUGAAAAAAUAAUGCUGGCUUAAGCAAUGAAAGCUGGGCCUGCUCCUGGAGAGACUUGUGUAUUGGUUUAGCAUUGCUUUAGAGGACCAGAUGAUCCGACCAUGGAAUAAUCAAAAUGUCCCAAUGGAGCAGACCCCACCCAUAUAAAUAAUCCAGAGAUUUCUUACUUUACACCAACUAAGUUGAAGAGAAAAGACUCACAGGAUGCCUUUAAGUUAAUCUGCCCAUUUAUGGAUUAGUCAGGAGAUUUAUGCUGCAAUGAUGACUAAGUUGAGAUAAUGAAUUCAGUUUUUGGAAAGGAUUGUUCAAUUUGCGCUGCAAACUUGAAGAGAAUGUGGUGUGAUUACACUUGCCAUCCUUAAAAAACAAAAUUCGUUCAAGCAACUGGUUACUAAAUGGAUCCAGAUGAUGGUAAUUUAACUCUCACGAAUUUCACUGUGGAUCCUGAUUACGCUUGUACGAUCACCGACUAUGAGCAUUCAUUGAUUGAUAACAUUCACUCCUGUGAUGAGUUGGUUCCUACUAAUGGAAUAUUUGACAAUUAUAUUGAUUGCUAGAAUUGCACCUGCGCAUAUUGCGAUAAAGCAUGCAAACCCCCUGAAGUUAGCGCUGAUAUCGGUUUCUUCGAUGGCUUCAACAAAGAACUUGUAGGCAUAAGCUAUGGUGUUUUGAUUGGAUUCACCAUAAUAUUUUAGCUGAUUAGACAUUUCUGUCUCAAGAGGAAACUUCAAGCUGAAAAAGUCUCAGACUCUGAUUAAAGUGAUAGUCUUUUGAAUUAAAAGAUGAGAAAGGAAUCUGAUAAUGAUCUUAUCCUUGAAACUAACGAUUACAAUCAGAGAUUAUAAAAUCAAAGAAAUAAAGAUGACUGA